AUGGCGUCGUUUCGGCUCACUCGUUACGCCUCAAGGGCCCUCCUCAGACCCUCUCUUGCUUCCUCGCUCUCUAUCCUCUCUUCUUCAUCGCAAUCAUCCUCAACCGCGAUUACCAGUCUCCAUUUCAGCAUACCGUUCACUCGACUUUCUCAUUUAUUUCCCGAUUAUGAUGAUUCUCGUCAUCAUUUCAAAGUCUCCAAGGAAAAUCUGUCAUUCCUCUCAAAUUUCAGACCUGGACUUUGUUGGAUAUCCACCUCUUCUGGAGUCGCCGACAACUCGGGUAAAGGUGAUCAACCACGUAGUAGUAGCAAUAACAAAAAUGUUACGGGGGUUCCCUUUUGGAUUGACGUUUAUUUGCCCCGAGGAAUUCAGCCUUACGCUAAGCUUGCCCGCCUCGAUAAGCUUAUUGGAACUUGGUUACUUGCUUGGCCUUGCAUGUGGUCAAUUACAUUAGCAUCGGCACCAGGCGAUCUUCCUGAUUUUAAGAUGAUGGCUUUGUUUGGUUGCGGUGCUCUGCUUUUGAGGGGUGCUGGUUGUACCGUCAAUGACCUCCUUGAUCGGGAUAUUGAUACUAUGGUGGAACGUACAAAGCUAAGACCAGUUGCAAGUGGUCUUUUGAAACCAUUUCAAGGGAUUUGUUUUUUUGGGUUUCAACUGCUUUUGGGUCUUGGAAUUCUCCUUCAACUUAAUAAUUAUAGCCGUGUAUUAGGAGCUUCGUCCUUGUUGCUAGUUUUCUCUUAUCCUCUCAUGAAGAGGUUUACAUUUUGGCCUCAAGCCUAUCUUGGUCUGACCUUCAACUGGGGAGCAUUAUUAGGUUGGUCGGCGAUUAGAGGGAGUCUAGAUCCAGCCGUUGUGCUCCCACUGUACUUUUCUGGAGUAUUUUGGACUCUUGUGUAUGAUACAAUAUAUGCACAUCAGGAUAAAGAGGAUGAUAUUAAAGUUGGUGUUAAAUCUACAGCCUUGAGGUUUGGUGAUACAACUAAAGAGUGGACAACUGGGUUUGGAAUUGCAUGCAUAAGUAGUCUUGCUCUCAGUGGAUACAAUGCUGAUAUAGGGUGGCCAUAUUAUGCCUUUCUCACAGCAGCAUCUGGACAAAUGGCUUGGCAGAUAUGGACUGUUAAUUUAACAUGCCGUGCAGAUUGCAAUAGAAAGUUUGUAUCCAACAAGUAGUUUGGUGCGCUUAUUUUCAGCGGGAUUUUAUUUGGAAGAGUCUUCUCGUGAAGGUAUUCUUUUCAGCGGGAUUUUAUUUGGUUUCAAAUAUGUUUGGUGAAUUUCACCUUUUUUCCUCAACCAGGUCUGAUUAAACAUCCCAAACUAUUGAAACCAAAAACAGUUUUUGAGUGCCUGUAAUUGUCUUGGUAAA